AUGGACGAUUUACUUACACCAGUGAGCCAAGUGUAUACUUCAAACAAAGAUAAACAACCAUUUUUACAAGAAGUCACUUCAGGCUCUCAGCCCAUCAGGGAGAAGUCUAAUGCUAUAGGGUCUAGCUUGUCGAGCUACGAGGAUGCCUUGGAAGCCCUCAAGGCAGAGCCGGACUAUGAUGACCUUUCUUCUGUCCUCAAAUUUCUCCUCAACGGACAUGCCACCAAAACACAAGGCGCACCGCACAAUGUCCAUCAGCCAAACGCGCUGAACUCGCAGAUAAUACAGACGCUAGUCACCAACAUCGUACCAAAUUACUGGCAGGUAUUGAAAGACGAGGCAGCUAAGGAAAAUCAAGAUGCUGCCCAGCCACAAAGCAAGCAGUCUCCUCUAUUGCAGAGACUACUGGGCUGUCUUCUCAACUUGACUGGGCUCAACGCCAUAUUGACUCACUUGAGAGGACUUAUUGGCGAGCUAGGAACAAGCACUGUCGAUACUCAGAGGUCGAUGAUGGGCUUGAAUAUAUCCACGCUUCUCGAUCUGCUUUGUUCACUUCUGAAUGGACAUACCACCUUGCACCGAAUUUGGACCAACAUCUCCCAAAGUCUUGGCAGUGAAUCCAUGCUUCGACCAUUGACUCAGGAGUUUGUCAAUGUAAUUGGUGGCGGCAGGAUUGUCUCAUUGGCAGCAGAAGCAGAAAAGUCUGCCCAAAAAAUCUCUGGUGAAAUUAAUGUAUGGGUUGCCAGUAAUAAAGACUACAGUAUAUGGCUGGUACGAAACAUCAUUGCUUGGGCUCGGAAAGACUCUCUCGAAUCUCCCGGAAAUCCGGUCUCUCAGCUACUCACAAAAGCUCUCCAGCUAGGUCAUACCGACCUCUUGGUGGACUGUAUUGUAGAAGAACUGCUUUUGAGUUCAAUCGAGAAGGAUGCCGAAUUAUUUGAGAAAAUAUUCGAUAACCUGCCUCGGUAUGAUCAAAAGCGCAUCCUGAUGGGUAUCUUGAAGUAUGCUACAGAUGUUUUCAGCAGCCUAGAGAGCCCAAAGGAUGAAAAAUCUCUGGUAUAUGCAGUUGCGGGACUUCUUCGAGCAAUUGUUAACGUGGAUGAAAAGAGAAGGGGCGUUAUAGUGGGAUGGCUGACAUCAGUUUCCGGUGGUGCUGCCGGCGAGCAUGUGGGUAUCCGGCGUGCUGCUAUUGCCGUUUUAGCAGAACACCGGGAAGAUAUUACCGCUGUACUGGAGAAGAGCAUGGCUCUGUUCGGCGACAAUCUGUACAUCAAGCAUGCGCCGCUGCUGCAGCAAGAAGCGCAUGCGCAGAUACUACUACUCAGUGCUGGGUAUGUUCAUCGUUUGAACCCUAACAAGCUUGCUAUACUCGUUAAAUCUGGCGUGUACCUCAAUGCUGUGUCGAACAGGCUGAGUGCUCCUCAGACAAGGGCUCGCGUUCUGGGGAUGAUCGUGGGCGAGGCACUUUCGACCCUAACACAGGGUAUUGGGAAGGCUCUCAGCUUCGACAUGGAUAUAUUGAAGACUGAAGAGGCAAAAUGGUAUAAAAGCUUGGUCGAAGUGACCGACACGGCUGGCUCUUUGGAACCGCUGCGCCAACGUGUCAAAGCUGCACUCCCAGAAUCCAAGGUCAGGACCCAGACACAGAGGUUGGCCAAACCAGUGGAGCCUCCGAAGAAAACAACACCAAAGCAUACUCCUCGGGCUAGCGGCUUUGUAAUUGAGGAGGUCAGCGAAAGCGAAGAAGAUGACGAUGAUCUUGUUCCAUACGCCAAGCCCGACUCCGAUCGAGAAGACUCCGAGGAUGAUGCAGAGCUGGUCCGCAGGGACAAGCCAAGAGCUCCUGUUUACAUCAGGGAUCUGAUCACAUAUCUCAGAGAUACGGAGAAUUACGAUAAACAAGAGCUCGCUUUGACUACAGCCCCUGUAUUGAUUCGACGCAAAGCCAACUACGGCACUGAAGUCAAAGAUCAUGCGGAGGAGCUGGCAGGGCUGCUGGUGGGAAUACAAGACAAGUUCAACAUGGACGGCUUUGAGUCUUUGAGGAUCCAAGGAAUGGUUUCCAUUAUAAUAGCGCAGCCGCAGAAAAUGGGUCCCUGGUUUGCGAAGACAUUCUUCGACGGCGACUACAGCCUUUCGCAGCGCGCAUCUGUCUUGACCGUGCUGGGACUUGCGGCAAGGGAGAUAGCAGGUUUUGAGCAGUCCGAAUACGCAGACUCUGCAUCUUUCCCAUCCAAGAAACUCCCCGAAAAGGUAGAGCAGUUCUACCUGGGGCAAACCGGGCAAAAUCGGGUUGCCGGGGGUUCAAAUCUAAAAUCGCUGCCCCCAAGUGCCAUAGACAGCAUUGUACAAACUAUAACGGCGGACUUCCUGGCCCCAUUGGUGGCGAACGCGGCAGACAAACAAACAGGGCCUGAUUUGCUAAAGCUUUCGUCCUUCGCCUCCCGGUUACAGCAGAGGCAAGGUCCUGGCAACUCAGCUUCGAAGAGUCAGAAGAAGGCAGGCGUUCGUGUAAUAGCAAACACCACAGCCCAGCUGGUAUCCACAUCAUUCUUCUUUCCCCUGACUGCACGCUUCCAGGCCGCGUUGAGCUCGUCGACGUCGCGAGCUAGGGCCAUAGUGCUUCAGCCCGAGCUCCUCGCCCACCUGCUCCGCACCCUGGGCAUUCUGAUGCAUGCCGCCGGCCCAUCGACUUUGUCCCUGCCCGAUAUGACGGCCGAGCUGUGGGGUCUACUACUAGGCAGUGGGGUGAGGGCUCGAUGCGCGGGAGACCUGGGUGUGACGCGCGCGGCACUGUUUGCGCUGCUGGCGCUGCUCGAGGUCAACGGGAACGAGGAGCUGCGCAUGCGCGAAAUCUGCCGAGAGCUGGCGCGCGAGGUGGUUGAGACGCAGGAGUGGGUGGCGCAGGUAUUUGAGAACACGCACGGUGGUGAUGGAGAAGGCGGCGAGGAGAACGAGGUCAAAAUGUUGGCUGCCGGAGUGCUCAUUCGGCUCAGGGAUGCCAUGGAGAGGUUCCGGGCCUUCUUGAUUGGAGACAUGAUUGCUGAAGUCAAGUCCCUGGCUCAGGGGUUUACCAACGCUCUGUCCCUCCUAACCUACCCUGCACUUCGACCACCGGAGAACAUGGGAGCCAGUGGGCCCAUGACGGAAGAGGGACCCAUAAAAAAGUUGAACAGGAGGUCGGCGCAAUGGGACAAUUGCGACGUGAUGAUUUCAAAUCAACGGAACAUCACCUACGCACAUUCUUUCACACAGUCAACCGUGACAAUGGGACAGCAAGCUUCGGCACCAACAAAGAUGCCCGCAACAACCGCGCCGGCGCAAGCCUCCAACGCAGCCGACGCCAACAAGCCUAAGGAGCAGUCUCGAGAAGCGGAAGGGAUCAUCUGGCCUAACAAGUUUCUUUUCUACAACCUCCCGCAUCAGCCCUGCUGUGUUUGCAAAGAUGAAAAGGCAGCACGCGACGAGUGCAUGCUCUUCUCCAACGCCAAGGAUCCAGCCGAGGAUUGCAAGACAAAGAUAGAACAGUACAAGAGCUGCAUGGCGGGCUUUGGAUUCAAGGUCUGA